CUGCCUUUGUCAAUAAAUACAAUUACUCUUCCUAUUAUAUUCUUACAAUUGUGUUCCUAAACCAAUCUAGCAAAGCACAACUCAACAAUGAGCCAACAUCCUCUAUUUAUCAGUGGACUAGAUUUGGCGGACUUAGUGGUGAACUCUGAUUUGCUCGAGCUAUCAUGCGGUGCUAUAAAGGACCUUCAAACAGAAGCCAGUUCAGAUCAGCAAGACUCUUGCAGUCUCUCCCUAAGAUACAAGCUCGAGAAGAAAUCAAAGUAUACCCUCAUAGCCUUCACCACUUCUACUUUAUCAAGGAAAGAACUUCUUCAACAGGGAGGAGAUUUGGUUUCAUCAACAACUCUCAUGGAGAUGGAUUUACCUAUCUUUGACUUCUUAUGCACUGAAAGAAACCGGUCGUUUUCCAUUCAUAGAGGUGCAAUCACCCUUUUUAAGACCCAUUUUAAGGAGCUGUCCCAGCUCAAAACUCAGAUCCAUGAUUCAAAGACCGGUGAAUUGCUGCGCACUCCAUUAAUUGUGACUGGACACUCAAUUGGAGGAUCAGUUGCUUCUCUAUUUACCUUAUGGCUUUUGGACAACAUAAAAAGAAAUCAGCCACCUCCGAAACUCCCCCUCUGCAUCACUUUUGGCUCGCCAUUUAUUGGCAAUCAAGGCCUCCGACAAGCAAUGUUAGAAUGUUUAACAUGGAAUUCUUGCUUUCUCCAUGUCGUCGGCAACAAGGACCUAUUUCCAAAAGCUUCCAUUUCCCACUACGAUAGUCCUACUCAAUCUGCCAUAGAGGAAUACAAGGCUUUUGGUACAUUUAUAUUGUGUUCUGAGAAGGGAUGUGCCUGUGUUGAUGACCUUGAGGUUGUUUCAAGGUUAUUGGAAAUCACAAGAAGGCAAGCUUCUUGUGAAGCACAGGAGAUAGAUUAUUAUGUUGAGAUAGUGAAUGAUCUGAAAUCCAAAGUUAUCAUCAGUGGGGAUUCUCAGCUUGAUCUAUCAUACGUGCAACCACUUAAGGCAGGAAUAAUCUUACAACUGGAGGCAAUUGGAGUUGAAAUGACCACCCAGCAACAACAGAGAAAGGUGGACAACAAAAAUCUUAUCUCCAAGUUAGAAGAAAGAGAAAAGGUCCUAAUGGCAGAACGAGUGCAGACUAUGGACCCAAGAAAAAGAUUAAACCAGAUAAAGAUAAAAAUGGCUCACCUAGAAUGGUAUCAUAAGAUUUGCAAGACUAAGGGGAUAGGCUACUAUGAUUGUUACAAGAAUCAACUUGGCAGCAGCGAUAGGGAUGUUACCAGGCUCAAGAAGUUUCUCACUAAUUACUGGAAAAAUUUUGUGGAGGGCGUGGAGAGAAAGCCUCAGAAAGAAGGCGCAUUCAUCCGGGGGACUUGGCUUUAUUCAGGAAGAAACUAUAGAAGAAUGGUUGAACCACUUGAUAUUGCUGAAUAUUAUAGAGAUAGUGAUAAAAGAGACUAUCAAACUCAUGGAAGAUCUAGGCAUUACAUUUUGCUGGAGCAGUGGCAGGAGGAUGAUGAUGCAGAGAAACUCAAAAGCUCACCAAACAACAAGAAGAAACAAAAUGUGGCUGGCAUUCUCACAGAGGAUUCUUGUUUCUGGGCAAAAGUGGAGGAUGCUCUCAUUUCAUGCAAGUUGUUGAAGUCUGGAACCUCAAGUGCUGUGGAGAAACAAUCUGCAAAAGAGAAUCUGGAUAUGUUUGAGCAAUAUGCAAUGAACCAAAUCAAUAACUAUGCCGUAUCUCCAGAAAUUUUCUUGAAAGAAAGCAGUUUUAUGAAAUGGUGGAAAACGUUUCAGGAAAUUAUAGAAACAUCCCACGAUUCUCCACUCUGUGACUUCAUGAAGAACGGAAGAUAUCUUCAAUAUGAGAAGGGUUCUACUUUCUUGCAGUAACUGUACUUCAUGUCUAAGCAGUAUUAUUGAGAAGUGGUAAUUGUGGAUCGUAACUUGCUGCCAGAAAACAAAAGAGUCAUGGAAACUGUAAAAGAAGAAGCAGAAAUUCUUUACUUUGAAAUGACAUUCGCUUUUAUGGUC